AUGAUGAAUUAUCCGAAUGAAAGCCAAGUAAAUCCAUAACCAUAGAAGAGUGAAAUUUUGAUCAGUUAUUCUCGCCAAUAAUUGAAAAAUAUGGAUUUUGAUCCCACCAAACCUGAAAAUUAUUAUUUAAACAAGAAACCGUAAAACAUUAGCACAAAUUAACCCGCUCAGUUUAGUAAUAUGUAAAUCAACCAAGUUUAAGGUUUUCCAAAUCCAUAAUACCAAUUCUAAGGUGAUGCUAUGAAGUAAGAUAAAACAUCACAAUAUAAUUAUCCACCAGUUAACAAAUAUCAAAUUCAAGGAGAAUACAAUUAAAAUUAAUCGAAUCUGUAGAAAACCAAUAAAAUAGUAUUUAAUAAAAUUGAGUCUUAUGACGAUUUUCGCAGUAAAUAAAAGGAGACUUCGAAUUAUAAUACUUAUAAACAAUAUUAAGGCGAACAAAAAUGAAACCAUAAAUCAAUAUAUAUUAUCAUAUAAACAAUUUACACAUUUUA